AUGGAGUUCAAGGGGCUUCUGCUGUUCGUGAGUGCUCUUUGUUUGACUGCACUGACUUCACCGCAGGACAGCUGUGGGCAGCGGCCCCUUGUCGGUCCCCCAGGUGUGUCUCGGAUCGUCGGGGGCCAGGAGGCUCCUGAGGGGGCGUGGCCCUGGCAGGUCAGCAUCCAGAUCAGGUCCAGGCACCACUGUGGCGGGACGAUCCUAAACAGCCUCUGGGUGCUCUCUGCCACACACUGCUUCUACAAAUACCUUUGGAUUGGCAGAUCCCAUUUCCGUGUAGUGGCAGGGCUUAAUGUGUUAUCUGCUCCAGGAGAUCAUGCCCAGAUCCGCUCCAUCAGCAACGUCAAAAUGCACAAGGACUAUGACAAUGUCACGUCUGACAGCGACGUGGCACUGGUGCUCGUCAGCUCUCCCUUCAGCUUCGCCGACCACGUCCAACCCAUCUGUGCUCCUCAUAAUGUGACCCAUGAGUUGAUCCUCAACUUCAGCCACUGUUUCAUCUGUGGAUGGGGGAGCAGCUAUUUCAACGGCAGGCCGAUGAACAGACUGCAGGAAGCUGAGGUGGAGCUCAUUGACAGGAGAAUGUGUAACCUGGUCACCUGGUACGGUGGCCUCGUCACUGAAAACAUGAUCUGCGCUGGACUGGAGAGCGGGGCAGCUGAUGCCUGUCAGGGUGACAGCGGAGGUCCUCUGCAGUGCUACAGCGAGGAUGAGGAGAGGUUUUAUGUGGUCGGAGUGACAAGCUUCGGGGAAGAGUGCGGACUUCCUCACAGGCCGGGGGUGUACACACGAACCAGCAGGUUUGCAGGUUGGCUGAAGACAAGUCAGACAGCAUCAGCGUCUGCUGUGCACAGACUGAACACAGGACUGAUCUCAGGUCUGCUCGGUGCUGCUCUGAUGCUGCUCAUCCAGUUUGUCAUCACUAAAUAUCACUGCUGA